UCUCCUCCACAUCCGCCGCCUCUUUAUUAAAUCCGUUCUCCUCUCUUUUCUCGCUUUCACCAUUGAGCAGUUACAAAGGAAACUGCUUGGCCUGCAUUCUCAAUUCAACCGGCAAACGAGCGGCCGCCGAUUUCAUCCCUCUCCCUUGCCAUCGCCAUUUUUUCCUCCAUCCUUCCACCCAUCCAAACAGGGGCGUCAUGGACAGCGACUACUUGGAGAACCCCCUUUACAGCGAGCUCAAACACUUUUGCAGGAAAGUCCAGGAGGCCUACAAUGAGCUCAAGGAGGAACUGACACCCUACAGGGAUGAGCGCUUUUACAGGCUUUCUUUUCCUGCUCCGCCCCUCUUUGGAUGGCGUCACACUAUAGUGUUUUCACCCAGCUGGCUUCUUCAACGCGGAUGUAGUCUCACCGCCAAAGCGACUUUUCUUGACAAAACGGCACAAAUGGAGCCAUUGGCGCCCAUGCGCCUCUACACACUAUCCAAAAGACAUUUCGUAUUGGUCUUCGUGCUCUUCCUCGCUUGUUUCGGCCUCACAGUUUUGAUCGGAAUUGCAGGCCCAAAGAUUCUUUCUGAGCAGGUGUACAAUGGGGACCAGUUCCUUGCCAAAAAUGUCUCCGUUCAGACUGGGCCCUUCGGUCUAAUUUCCCCUCCUCUCACCACAUAUCAUCAGCAGUUGUGGCUCACCUGUGUGAUUCAGGCUCAACACAGCAAUGUGGGCGACUUCCAGCAGCCUUUUGAGAUCGACGUGGAGCUCAAGGGUGUGUUGCCCGAUGCCAGCGUGACGCAUGUCAACAGCGUCCGCAGCAAGUCGCGAACGCUGCACUGCGGUACCAAAUGCGACGAGAUCAUCGUGCUGCAUCUGGGCUACCUCAACUACAGCCAAUACCAGGUCACGGUCAGCUUCAAAGGCCUUGAAAACAUCACAUACGACCUGAAGGUCAACUUUGUGUGGAAAACCUACAAUCCCACCUUUUCCCAAGUGGAGAUCUGGUUCCGCUUUGUCUUUGUGCUGUUGACCUUCAUGGUCACGUGUCUGUUUGCUCACUCGCUGAGGAAGUUUUCCAUGCGGGACUGGGGCAUCGAGCAGAAGUGGAUGGCCAUCCUCAUGCCUCUGUUGCUGCUCUACAAUGAUCCGUUUUUUCCGCUGUCCUUCCUGGUGAACAGCUGGUUUCCCGGCACGUUGGACGCCUUCUUCCAGGCUCUGUUCCUGUGCGCCCUGCUGCUCUUCUGGCUCUGCGUCUUCCACGGCAUCCGUGUUCAGGGCGAGCGGCGAUGCCUGACCUUCUACCUGCUGAAGGUGGUCAUCGUGGGACUUCUGUGGCUGUCGGCCGUCACGCUGGGCAUCUGGCAGACGGUCAAUGAAGUCCAAGACCCCACCUACCAGUACUAUGUGGACAUCCAGAACUUUGAGGGCAUGAAGUUGUUCUUCCUGAUUAUCGUUGUCCUCUACGUCCUCUACUUGACCUUCCUGAUUGUCAGAGCCUGCUCGGAACUCAAGAACAUGCCCUACUCAGAUCUGCGGCUCAAGUUCUUGACAGCGCUGACGUCUGUGGUCCUCGCUAUAAGCUUGGUCAUUCUUUACUUGAGAUUCGGUGCCAAGGCGCUCCAGGACAAUUUUGUGGCCGAGCUGUCCACUCACUACCAAAACUCAGCCGAGUUUUUGUCCUUUUACGGACUGCUCAACUUUUACUUGUACACGUUGGCGUUUGUGUACUCUCCCUCCAAAAAUGCCCUUUACGACUCCCAGUUGAAAGAUAAUCCCGCUUUCUCCAUGCUAAACGACUCCGACGACGACGUCAUCUACGGGAGCGAUUAUGAGGAAAUGCCUUUGCAAAACGGACGCGCCAUCAAAGCGACCACCAAGUUCCAGGACGAGAGCGAUAGCGACUGAUGCGGUGUAGACAAACAAACAAACAACAACUAAAAAAAAGCAUCAUGUUUAUGUGUAAAUAAGAAAUAUUUUCACAAUGUUACUCUGCAAGUGUACAUAUGAAUAUUUUUAAGAACAGGGCCACUUCUCCAGAAAUGGACUGUACUGUAGUUCUACUGAAAAUGGAGGAUUGUCGUUUUUUUUUUUUUUUUGGAAAUCGCAAGAUUUAUUUGCCGUUCACGACCAGCAUUUCUUCACGAUAAAGGAGUAAUAGGGCCACUCUGAAA